UGUGGGGUUUUGUUGUGUUGUGUGUGGCCUUUGUUGUAAGUUAUGUUGCUAAACUCACAUAGGUUGAGUUAUAAGUUAUUGAAUUACGACUUCUAUUGUUAAUUUCUUGUAUUUUAAAGUGCGAGUUGGCGCAACCAAAACCCUUACUGAUGGCCAGAGGUAUUUCCGAUCGGUACUUUCCCUCGUGAUAGUACCCAAAUUCAAGCUCAGAUCACAACCAGAUUGCCAUUAGUUGGGUUAAAGGACAUAAACUGGAAACCAAUAAGAAGUGUGUGGAAAUUUAUCAGCCCAUAGUACUAAGAUCUAGAAACACAAGUAUGGUAACAAAAUGAAAUCAUUAUUUCGGAACUCAAUAAUAAGGAGCAAAGACUCUAUACUCAAAGAGUCUCUUCAGUCCCAAUUGGUAGCCUGUGUGAAAGACAUCCAGCUUGACCAUGCUCAUAGCGGAAGAUUUCAGGAUAGCUCUGAAGCUGCAGAUUCUCUCUGUACUGUUUUGGAGGCCAUAUUUAUUCAUGGAAUCAAAGAGACGUUAGCGGAUAAAAUGGCCAUAGCGAUAGGAGACCCUGACGUACGACCCGAACCAAACUUCUGGCCAGCUCUUCUUGUGUUUUCUCAUAGAGAUUUGAUAGAUCAGAUAGGCAGAUUGUACUAUGUCUGUACUGACGUUGGACGUUGCAGAGUUUGGAUCAGAAUGUGUCUCAACGAUGGCCUGCUGACGAGUUACUUGCAAUCAAUGUUAGCUCAGAACAAAUCUCUCAGCUCUUUCUACAAGCGAUCUGCCUACUUACGAGACACCGAGGUGUUGGACAUGUGCAUCACUCUCAUCGCCGGGAUCGAGUCUUACUCAUUCAACAUGUUUUGUAAUACGAGUCUACUCAAUACGUGGCCUAACCCCCCACUAGUGAUGUCUGGUGUAUGGAGCCCAACAAUGAAGGCCUGUCCGAUAACCAGCGGCACAGAUAUUGCUCGUUCCCUGAUGGCAGAAGACUCUGCUUCAAAAGUUGCAGAGGACUCAAUGAGUUCUGUUGUCUCAGUCGCUUCGUAUUAUCAGUCCUCAUUAGAAUCAAAUUUUGACGAAGAAGAAGCACUUAAAAUUAUUUUGGGGACUGAUGUGGAACAGAGUCGAGAACAGAAUAAGUCUGUAGAAGAUUUCAGUAGCAGUCCUCACAAAAAUGUUGAAAUAAAGGUUGAUGAGAAGGUUCUCGAGACCACUGCAGUUGAACCAGUUGUAAACACAGAAGAAAUCAAACCAUGUGAAGAGUGUAGCAUCGUCGUUGAAGAAAAGAGUACUGUAAAUGAUUGCACUGAAGAAGAGAAACUCCCUGUCGUGAAGCGAGAGAAAGAAUCAAAACUUGAAAAGCGUAAAUUACAAAGCUAUCAUUCACUGGUAGAAAGCUACAACCAGAAUGCAACUACUAUUUCUGGACUGCCAGAUUUAAAAGUCCUUCUUCAGAAAUUUGAACCACCGUCCAAACCUUCAACAGUUUCAACGAUUUCUUCCAUUAGUAGUGAUUCAGAUUCCGGUGAUAAAUUAGAUUUUGAGAUCAUAACGGAACAUUUUGAUCCAACGAACAUUCCAGAGUUCAGGAUGCUAACACAGCACAUCUACAGAAUAGCGACUGAACACGGACUGGAUGCUCAAAACUAUAUAUGCAAAACUUGUGAUCAACAUGUUGGCAUCAAUUUUCAGCUUGCAAAAGUUUGUGGGCUGACAGGAGCUUACUACUGCUCGGACUGUUUCUGUCCCGAUCCCACAAAUGAGUAUUGCGUCAUCCCGGCCAGAGUCAUCUAUAACUGGGACUUCCGGCGUUACUCUGUGUCCCACAAAGCUUCUGAGUUUCUGUCACAAGUUCACCUUUACCCGAUGUUUGACAUAAGUCUCAUUAACCCCAAGAUAUACAGCGUUGUUGAGGAAAUGUCAAGGUUGAAGGAACUCAGAGUGCAACUGAACUUCUUGCAAGCCUAUUUGCUCACAUGUAAGGGGAAUGCAGUGGAAUCAUUACAAAAACAGAUAUGGCCAAGAGAGUAUCUGUAUGAAAAUAUUCAUCUUUAUUCACUUGCUGACCUGAUUCAAGCUUCUUCUGGUGUUCUGGAGAGCACCCUGCAGAAGGUUGUGGACUCAUCGAGAAACCACAUUCUUUCUUGUACGCUUUGUAUUCAGAAAGGCUUUAUCUGUGAAAUAUGCAAAGAUCCUAAGGUUAUUUUCCCUUUUGAUCUAGAUAAAACGUAUAGGUGCAAAGACUGCUGUAGUGUGUAUCAUGACAAGUGCCUUCAAGCUGGUCAACUCUGCCCAAAAUGCCUACGUAUCCAGCAGAGGUUGCUUUCCACCGACAGCUCAUGACAUGGUUACUAUUCAUAGAACUUUAUUUUAAUAUUUUUGGAACACGCAGUGUCUGUAUAUGUUCUUUCACUCUUACUAAUUAUACAGACCAUCUGUCUGACCUAACCUUACAAAAAAUACUCAAGGCUGGCUUAGGUAGAUAGUGUAUAUAAGAGUAAGUUUCUUUUAUUCUUUGAUUACAGCAUUUGAUUAUUGUUAUUUAGUGUAAUACUUAUUUUUUAAUAUUUUGGAUUGUUUUAUUUUUGAUGAUUGUUGUAAAUUUGGCUAAUAUUUGUGGUGGACCACGCAGUAUAGGCUAUGUCAUGUAUGUGUGUUGUUCUGUGCUUUAAGACUUUGAGUCAUUAGUAGUAAAAAAUAUCAAACAUUUAUUCUGUGCCUAACAACCUGUGGUUUUUAAAGAAUUUAUCGUCUUCUUUAUUAUGAAAGUAAAAUUGAACAAAACUGCAGUCCUAGUAAUGUGGUUUUGGAUUUGAAAUGAAAUAGUUUGAUAUUGAAAAGAAGUAAGAUGUUAAACACAGUGUUCUUACUCAUUACUGUUGAACGAAGUGUGCCAAAUUUAAAACGUUUUAAAUGGAUCCAUUUUAAGAUAACAUACAUUACAAAUUUUGGACUUAUAACAACUGAAAACACAAGCAUUUUACAAAUAUUUUACUAAAAUAACUUUUUAGAACAUUUUAUUGGAAAUCCAAUGACAUAUUUUUUUUAUGUUAAUCAAGUGAAAACAGUUGCGUUCUGUAGUUUUAUUCGAGCCACUUAUCAGCGCAACAACUAAAAUUAUUUAUAUGACAAGAGAUUUAUUAACUAUCACAUGUAGGCAAGUAACAGUAUUUAUGCUGUAAAAGAAAUAAAUGUCAUUAACACGUUCGCUACUAAAAAUCCCUAUAUAGAGUUCUGUAUAUGCUGAAAUUUUUUAAUUUUAUUUUUACUUACUUUUGGAUGAAAUAUGAUAGAAUAUAUGAAAAUUACUCAUUAGUCACAAAAAUCACUACCAUUUUGGAAUGCGGUAACUGUGGUUACCGCUAGCUCCUGAAGACAGUCUUCCUUGCCAGCUGGUAACGAGUUACCGCUCGCACUAAGGAAGACCCUUUUAUGGCAGUGGGAAUAUUCCAAAUUAAUACAUCGUAGCUAAGUGAACUCUAUUUUAUUUGUUUUAGACAAACAUAAACAAUAUUUAUAUGUAAGUGUGUAAACCAAAAUGAAUGUAAAAGUGUAUAUACGCCUCCGCUAGCUCACUCAAAUUCAAUUAUUAUUUACAAAUAUGUGGUGAGUAAUCAUAACAAAAUAUAUUUAAAUGUUUACUUGAAAUGAUUGUAGUUUACAAAAAAUAUUUUAGUACAUAAGUUUAUAAAAAUGGAGAAAAAAGAAGAAAUAAGUUUACUAAAAUAAAAUAUCGAUACAAAUGUGUAUAUACAUCCUAACCAACCCACCCAAAAGUCGUUUAUUAUUUACAAAUAUGCCUAGAACUUGGUUGUUGUACACCACUUGGUCCGGGGGAACAUCCAUUGUGUUGCACAAUCACUUACUACUGUAAAAACUUAAAAAAUCAUAAAAAAUAAUGAAAAAGUCCAAUGUGAAAAUGAAGUGCAUUAAAAUGCGGGAAAAGUACUUCCCGAGAAGCGAGAAAUACACUGUUGUAAUAGUUCAAGUGCUGGCCACACACUGACCUCAUUUCAGAACAAAGGCUCUGUGGUAACCAGAGUUACCACCCGCUCCUAGCGCAGCGUAGCAGUGGUAACCAGAGUUAUCGCCCGCAGCGAACCUGUUAAAGCCCACUUGUAUAUACCAUACAAAAUAUAUUGAAUUCAUCAUCGGUUGUUAUUAACCCUUCACACGCUACUAAUAAAUCCAUUAACUUUCCUAUAACGCCAAGGCAAGUAAAAAAUUUUGUUUCUUUAAGUUCAAAACUAAUUUUUGUUAUAGCUAAAUUAUAAAAUGUGAAAGCAAAAUAAGUAUAAAACGGGACAUUUGACUUAAAAUUAGUCUAUUUAUUGAUAAAAAACUCUAUUUACAAAACUUUAUUUCAAAUAAAUUUUGAUUUCAUUGUAGAAUUUUACUAUAAAACAAGAUAAAUAUUUCAAACUAAUCACAACACUACCAUAUGAUAAAGAAUAAUAACGAGAUACGUAGUAGACGCACACUCGUGACAACCGAGAAAGCAGUAUAACAUGCCACAGAUAUGUUUGGUUACGGCUCUGUAGGAGACGCAGAACUGACAAGCAGGUGGUCGGAGUUAAACAAAGGGUGCUCCCCUCCCCCUGUCGCAGAGUGAAGGUCGUUUGUAAUUAUUUCCUUGGGAACCGUGAUAAGCACGGAGCGUGCACCAGGCAUUUCGAAGGCCUCGUGCGCAAUAAGAAACUCAACAAUCUAUAAUAUCAGAUAACUGUAUUUGGCGUUUUGGUUAAAGUCUACCACUCUAAUAUAUCCGUCUACGGCGCGGGAAGGGUUAAAUACUACCCUUUGUUUUGUGUUAAUACUAUUGCUUUUUUGUUAGUGCUUUUUGUUUUAUUAAGUUUAUAAUAAACAAAUUUUCAGACUAUAAAAACGCUACCUUGAAAACAAAUUGUUUUGGUGGUUGGUUUGUGAUUGUCUAGUAAAUUUGAGACCCUAUUUGUCCUUCACUGAUAAAACAAAAAUCUACAAGAUGUAUUAUAUUUUAUAGAGAUUGAAAUCUUGCCAAGAAUUAAUGUUUGACUCCUUUUCUGCCAAGCAUCUGUUGAAUUUUUCACAUUGGUGUUAUUGGUACAUAAUAUGAGAUAAAUGAAGUAGGCCUAAUGUAAUUUAAGCAAUUAUGCUGCAACUGAGAUGGACUAAAUAAUUUAUAAUUGGUUCUGAUAUAAUUUGUUAUUGUUAAUAAAUACUACAACAUAAAUAUUUGUGGUUUCAAUCAUUAGUUUAGUUUCUUUUCUUAUUCCAUAUGCAGCUGUUUUUUAUUUAUUAGAAUAGUAUAUUAUUGUUACCACGUUUACUCUACAUAAUACUGUAAUAACUAAUCAUAAAAUAUGUUCAUGCUAAUACAUUUGCAUGGUAAACAGAACCAUCAUAUCAUUUGUUUUUGUAUACACUAAAAUAAAAUGAUUUACAUUACUCUCUGUGAUAAAUAUGACAUAAUUGUGUUGCAAUGUACACAAAACAAAUGACGCGAUGGCUCAGUAGUUUGAUAAAUAAGUACCAAUAAUGUGCAUUAUAAUGGUGAAAUCACAUCGUGAAUAGAAUAUUUACUGCAUUACGUUUUUUUAUCUCAUACUGUUUUCGCAUUUUACCGAUCAAUGUAUUGCACAAGUUUAUAAAUCCCCAAGUUCAUGUGUGUCUCAUAUUGCACCUUAUGUUGGUUUAGAGGUUGAUGCCUUAUUGUUAAGCAUCGUCCGUAAGAAUAAGUCUCAAGAAUUAUUUUAACGGGCUGGGGCCACUACAAUGUCAUCUGAUAUUUUAUACUGGUACUAAAGAAAUAUUUGGUAAUAAUUUAUUAUUUUUAUGGUAACACUUGUCUUUAAUUAUAUUGUAAUUUUUGUAAAUUUUUGAGCAUGAGUCGAAUACAAUUAUUUUUAUUCUUUAUUCUUACAACUAUUGUAUUUUCAUUAAACAUAGCAUCUUGUCAUAUUCAAUAGAUAGUGUUAUAGCUCAGAAACUAUUGAUUGUAUCAACCUACAAAGUUUAAUUGAAUUUAGUAAGGAAGUUUUUAUUUAUAUACCCGUAAGUGGGUCAUUUGAAAUCAGUGAUGCGCUUAUGGGGGAGGGUUGUUCCGUAAAUGCAGACUUUUGCCCAACUGUGUACCGGCGGAAUGACUGCCAUGUGAAAGUAGCAGAAGAUCGGAGAAAGUAGCGGAUGAGACGUAUCUUCGAAAGAAGAAUUUUAUCGGAUAUGGGCUACUAAUUAGCCCAUCUAGGGGUUCCAUCAUAAUAAUUAUAACUGUUACAAAUAAAAUGAGUUCUGGAGCAUUAGUCUAUAAUUAACAACUGUAUUGUGAUAUAACAAUUAAAAUAGUUAACAAAAGAUGUGCUUUCAUGCCAAACCUGAUACAUGUCAAUGUAAUAAUAAAAUACUAUCUACAAACAAAAUUAAUUAAAUAGGCCAAAAACAAGAAACAAAAUCCCUUUUAGAAUUAACCAAAAAAAGAAUUUUUUUACUAAAAAAAGAAAAAAUGAAUGAAUGAAAUGAAAAGAAUGUUUGUUUACUAAUCUAACAAACAUGUGAUCAAUAUGUCUGUGACAUAUUGGUUACCCUGGUCAGCUCAUUUACUAAUGAUUCAAGGCCAAAACUGGCCAUUAGUAUUUUAUAGUUGUCAAUAACAUUACUAUCUAAACAAAGCAAAUCCAAAUUAAUAUCUCCCAAAAUUAGUAAAUUCUUAAAUUGCUUGUCAACUUUAUUUUUCAGUAAAUAGAUGCCUAACUCAUCUAAAAAAUAAUUUGUGGUAAAUUUUAGUAAUUUGUAGAUAGCCAAAAUAUGAAAUUCCCUACCUAAAUAAAUAACACUAAUUCUGACCGUGUCAGAUGAUAAUAAUUUUGGUAUUUCCAGUUGUAUCACAUUAAUAUCACUCUUUAUACGUAAAUAGCUACUCCAUCAGAACAAUGGUUGUUAUUUGCAUCUAUAACCAAAUCAUAAUAAGGAAUGUUGUAAUAAAUUGACUCAAGAGUUAAUCCACAUUUCAGUAAAAAUUAUACUGCUCUCAUACAUGUAUUUACGUGUGUAAUUUAUUCAGCUUAUCUGCCAUGUGAUAACACUUUUGAAUUUUUAUUAUUUAAAAAAACGAUAUAAAACACAACUGUCCAAAAUUUAAACAAUGUACAUUUGCUGUAACAUGUAUUGUUUGUUUGUUGAUUCAGACCAGAAACAGAGUUUGGUAUGAACAUUACGAUCAGCAUUAGUUCAGUCUAUAUCAAGUUUUUGCAGAAUGCAUAUAUGUGACAGAGAGAUAUAUAAAAACUGUAUUGAUUACAAUUAGUACUUGAAGUAUGCAAUAUUGUUGUAUAUUUGCUUUCAUUGUAUUUCAUAGUAAAAUGUCAUAAUUUUACUGUACAUCAACUGUAGUCGUUUAAUUUUGUUCAUUAAACUAUUAGUAAUAAUUUUAUACUUUAUUCAUGAAAUUACUAUUUAUUGUUUACUGUAUAUGAAAAUACUGUAUCAUUUUAUUGUUUUACUAGAAGAAUUCUAGCUUAAGUAUAAACCUUUACAGGUCUUUCUUUUCUAUUUUAAUGGUACAUAUAUGUUAGAAAACUGUUUUUGUUUAAUGUCUUAUAAAUAUUUUAUCCGAAUCUGUACAUUUAAACUGCUUCAUAUUUUGUUAAUAAAGUGAUAAAUGGCUGUGGAAAGAGUGUUUGUAAAAUCGUUUACAAAAUAAAUGAAAGUUGAGUUAAA